CCCUCCUUAUCCCAUACGAUAGAGGCGGGGUUGUGGGCAGUGAAGUGAAGUUCAGUCGGGCACGAUGCUGUCGUUGCAACUUCCCACAGGCCUCCGCAGUUCAUCACGCUUCUUUUCCCCAAUUCCCCAGGCUCGUCGUCAAUGUCUUCCUCUUCCCUCUUCCCCUUCCCUCACUGGUUUUCCCGACAUGUCCACUCAGCCCUUGGAAUCCAUUGCAGCGGAGGCUUCCACAUUCAACCAGUGGCAGAACAACAACGGCAACGUGGCCGACGAUGAUCACCAAGAUAAGGACAUUUCUAGAAUUCCCGUGCCUAGACACAAACACAUUCCAGUUUCUAAAGCCCAAUUGUUGGAUGCCAUUGUUUCGACCUUCUUCAACUCCAACCAUGGCGAUGAUCAUCACGACGCUCAACAUUUUUUGCUCAUCUCCUCGUGCUUGGACUCUAUUCUUCACGCUGAACACAAGAAAACUUUGGAAGAAAUGCGGAAUGAUUAUUCCCUUACUCAGUCGAUGGAAAACGAGGAUGCCUCUGGAGAGGUUUCUACUAAUACUGAUGGUCAGCUCGUUUCUAAUGAGACAGAGGAGUCUAUCACGGCCAAAGAUGCCAUAACUGGGAUUGAAAGCAUGGAGGACCUGGUGCAGAAGAUUGGAGUUAGCAGUUCGAUGCCUUUCGGAUAUAGUCUGGACUUCCGUAAUCUCUUGAGUUCUCCGAAGCGUGGCAUAAAUAGUUACAUCAACAGGGAGUCUUCAGUAGCAGUUGCCACUCGUUUCCAGCGUUCUUUUAUGAAACUUCUUAAAAAUGCUCAAUUUGAAGAACUCUCAGCCAUGGACCUGGUCUUGACAUCAGCAUUGAAUACAGACUAUCUGCUUACAUUGCCAAUAUACGUUGACUGGAAGAGGGCAUCUGAAUCUAAUGCAAUUAUUUUCAGGCGAGGAUAUGCAACUGAGAGGCAGAGAGGCCUAUUAAUUGUUGAUAAACUAGAUUAUAUACAGUCUAGACUUCUACGUGGACUCUUUUCCAUAAUCUCAAAACCACUGGGGAGACUUGGUACUUGGUUUGCUGAGGUCGUUCUUGGUGCUCCACAGAUGCAAGAAAUACAAGAACGGGUUAAGAGGUUGAGGCUUUGGGUGAGGGAACUUCCUAUAUCACAGCAAUUAUUUCGUUAUGAUGAAGACGGUUCUGAUGAUCUACUGAGAGACAAUCAGAUUUCGGAUAAUGACCUUCCAAUCUGGCUGGCAGCUCAGAAUGCAGUUUCUCGUUACGAAGGAAUUCUUUCUUCCACCGGACCUCGUGGAAGACUCUUAAGGAGGCUGCUUACAUGGAUAGGGCUUCUUCCUCCUAUGCCAGAACAGCCAUUCAAGCUUACUGAUGACAGUAAAGGUUUUGAACCUUAUUUAAGGCCUAUCUUCAUAUCACGAAUAUCACUCAGUGAUAUAUGGAGGCCUGCAAUGAAAAGUUGUGGGAGUGAUAUUUGGAAACGGUUGAAAACGUCCAUUUCAAUCCUCCUCUCUCAAUCAGUGCUCCAGGAGCCAGCUUUCCAAGAAUUGAUUUUACUUUACACCAAAGAUGGAGGGAAUAGUGGAGAUAAGACUGAGGUUCCAUUAUUGCAGUUAAAGAUCUAUGAGAAAAUUCCUAUUCCAGACUUACCAGUGAUCUUUCCUGACAAGAAACUAUCGUUUCGAAUUAUAGAUGCGCUACGCUUGGAUGCUGCGACAAUAUUGGGACUUCUGGCUUUCUUCAUUAAUUACAAGUUUGAGAACGUCUUGUCCUCACCGUCAGCAAUUGUUCUUGAUGUGGUUGCUUUCAGUGCUCUUGUCAUCUACAUCACCCGAGUUGUUUUGGGUUACAAACAAACCUGGGAUAGGUAUCAAUUAUUGGUUAACAGGACACUGUAUGAGAAAACUAUAGCCAGUGGUUUCGGGUCAGUUCAUUUUCUGUUGGAUGCUUCAGAACAACAGCAAUACAAAGAAGCUAUCUUGGCCUAUGCAAUACUACUCAAAGAAGAAAAUGGAGAGGCAAGAUGUGGCAAAAGCAUAGGGGACAAAUGUGAAAGAUUUCUGUACGAGGUUUUAAAAGUGAAGGUUGAAAUGGCAAUAGAUAAUGCAAUAGAAACGUUGUCGCGAUUGGGAUUAGUAACUCAAACAGAAGCAGAGGCAGAUGGGAGAAUUAGAGUGCAGGCUGUAGGCUGUGGGAAGGCUUAUGAGGCGCUUCGACAAUAUUGGAACACCUUACUUGCUUCAACUUUAUCAUGUAAUUAAAUACUGACGCCUUUGGGAACAGUCUGUGGGCACAACAUUUCUUUCCUAUGAGAAUAUGCAGUUUGGCUUUCUACUCCACUUUUCCCUUUAUACCUUUUGGUAAAGUUGUAUUCUAUAGAAACUGCAUAAUUGUUGUAUGCAGCUGCACCCAUACCAUACCUGUGGGACUUUUAUUUUCAUUUUAAAUAUAUAUAUAUAUUCUUUUGUCUA